ACAGUGACUCUCAAAUACACGAUGACGUUGGUGGUAUCGCACACACCCACCCCCGAUGACCUGAAACUCGGGGGAAAAGAGAACCUGCAGCAGACCGCGCGUUUUGCGUUGAGGAAGUAAACAUCAUUAUUAUGUUUAGCAAAGAUACGUUUAUCAGUAUCAGAAGUCUGUGGAUUGCCCAGGUGACGAUGUAAGCCGACUCUACACCUUUCUCCCUGAGAAUGAGAUAAGAGAUUUACAUAGAUUGCUAUAGUCGUCAUGUUGGGUUGACCGGCCUUCACUGGCAGUUCUUGUUCUCUCAUAAACUCACACUGAUAUUCAAAGAUGGUGUCUCGAAGUGUUAUCAACGCCUGGAAACUAGCGCUCAUGACUACCCUACUUCAGACGAGUUGUUAUGCGCAACAGCGUGACAUUCGUCUUUAUGGCGGAAGUGGGAGCUACGAAGGACGGGUCGAAGUCAGAGUCGAUGGUCGUUGGGGCACAGUCUGUAACGACACCUGGGAUACCCAAGAUGCUUCGGUGCUAUGUCGGGAGCUUGAUAACAGAACAGCCAUCAGACACGAUGUGAUGUACGGUGAAGGAGUUGGACCUAUCUUCUAUUCUAACGUCAUGUGUACAGGUGGAGAACAACGACUGCAGGAUUGUUCAAAGACUGAUUCUUCCGUGGAUGUCUGCCAGCAUUCCCAAGACGCAGGGGUUCAGUGCUCCGCCAAGGAGCUUGAUCUCCGGUUAUCCGGUGGAUCAACACCAAACGAAGGUCGAGUAGAAGUUUACUACAGGGGUAACUGGGGCCGGGUUUGUGCUGGUUCGUCUUGGGACAAAAGUGAAGCUGACGUCGUCUGUCGAGUAGUCGGAUAUCCGAACCUUGCCCAGGAACCAAGGGGUAGUUUCGAGAGCGGCAGUGGCGCUGUGUUUCUUGUUAACCUGAUGUGUGCUGGGACAGAAAAUGCUGUGAAGGCAUGCAGUUCUUCUGUAAGCGGUUCCAACGCCCCGCAAUCUUGUCCAGACGGUUUGGAAGACGCAACGGUUAUUUGCAAUCCGAAUCUAGAAGUUUCAGUGGCGCCUGAACAGUUAUCCGCGGGGGCCAUUGCCGGGAUCAGUGUUGGGUUUGGUCUGGUCAUCGUAGUCUGUUGUAUCUUCAGUCUAAACUUAAAAUGUAAAGAUUGCUGUAGGAAAGGUGAACUAGAUGACACAGACGUGUAUCAGUGUAACACAGCCAGCAAUGCAGAUAGCAAAGUGUUCAGUACCACAUCCAACCUAAGGAGUGAUACCGAUAACCGCAAUGAUUCCAUCUCAGACAUUGAUCCAAACAUGUUCGUCUUCGCGCCCAAAGUUCCCCCUGCCGGGUUUGGUGCGUCGUCUGGUACCGGUGAACUCAAGGAUGCGCUUUCAAAUAUUGAUGAAACAAAAGAGCCGGAUAAAGAACUAACCGAAUCCGAUGAAAGAGACGAUCCCAUUUACCACACCAUAAGAGAUGAGCAGAAGACUUCCAAGGCGGGAGAUGAUGUAACCAUGACAACCGAUGAAAACACCCACGAGUAUGAUUACGUGGAUCGAGUUAAAGGCCCGGACAAUGCCGAGAAUGAGAGCGAAACGGUAACAAUUAAUUUACAGGGAGAUGCUCUCUUUGAAAAGAAAAAUCAUGACCACGGCAACACCGAGCAUGUAGAAAACAAUUACCUAGAACUUGAGGAUAUUGGCGACUCUCUUCAAAAUGGAGAUGUGGGAAAAGAGAAUGAGGACGUAUCAAUGGAACAACAAAAAGGAGAACAAGUUAACAUCAGCAUGACGAAUGAAGCCACUCCUCUCGAAUCACGUGACCAGUCAGAGUCUAAUGACCAAGGCAUUCCUGAGCGCGUAGAAAAUGAUUACUUAGAACUUGAAAAUAUUGAUGACUCUUUUCAAAAUAGAGAUGUCGGAAAGAAGGAUGAUAGUGGAGAUCCAGCAAUUGAACGAGAAGGAGAUCAUGUUAACACCAGCAUGACGAAUGAAAACACUCCUCUCGAAUCACGUGACCAGUCAGAGUCUGAUGACCAAGGCAUUCCCAAGCGCGUAGAAAACGAUUACUUAGAACUUGAAGAUAUUGGUGACUCUUUUCAAAAUGUAGAUGUCGGAAAGGAGGAUGAUAGUGGAGGUCUAUCAAUUGAACAAGAAGGAGCUCCUCUCGAAUCACGUGAUGAGUCACAUGAUGGAUUGACGUCACAUUCUGAAGGUGCAGAACCUGUUGUUAACGUUGAUGUAUUUGAUUCACGGUUGUAAAAUAUAAUCAAGAUGAUAUCCUGGAUUAUUGUGACAUUUAUUUAAGUACGAUUUUAUUGAUCUCUCAAUACUUGAAUAAUUGAUAUUAGACAGUAAAUACCACCACUGCAAUGUUCAUUUUAGGAACUUUGAGUUACACAAGACCUUCAACAAAUUGAGGGGGCUUGGACAAUUUUGUGGGGGGGGGGGGCUGCAGCCUCGAAAGCAUCCCCCCGUUAAAAUCGCUCAUCUGGCAAACUAGUAGAGAGAGAAAAUAAAGCACGUAAUGGGUAAACGAGCUGUGUUUUUAGGCUUCUGUGUUAUCUUUAAGUAGCCGGCCUAUGCAAAGAUAACGAAUGGAUAAAUUUAUACAGAAUUGUUAUUUAUUUUUACUCUGUAUGACAGAAGUAUCAAAGAUCCAGACUCGUCAAAAAGGGGUUCGAGGUUUGUUUCCCCAAUUGGAACAUUUCGUUUCUGAGUAACCUUGAACAUCCACUUUUUAGUUUUUUAUAAAACCAUUUAAGGUUCUUGAGCACGUAAAGAAUCUUUUGGGGAACCAUUUUUAUCGAGGGUUCCAAAAUAGGACAAAAGGGUUACAGUUCGCACGGUUUUUUGUCUCACCUGCAUAGCAGAGUGAGACUAUAGGCGCCGCUUUUCCGACGGCGACGGCGGCGGCGGCGGCGGCGACGGCGACGGCGGCGGCGACGGCGGCGGCGGCGUCAACACUAAAUCUUAACCUGAGGUUAAGUUUUUGAAAUGACAGCAUAACUUAGAAAGUAUAUGGACCUAGUUCAUGAAACUUGGCCAUAAGGUUAAUCAAGUAUUACUGAACAUCCUGCCUGAGUUUCAUGUCACAUGACCAAGAUCAAAGGUCAUUUAGGGUCAAUGAACUUAGACCAUGUUGGGGGAAUCAACAUCAAAAUCUUAACCUAAGGUUAAGUUUUUGAAAUGUCAUCAUAACUUAGAAAAUAUAUGGACCUAGUUCAUGAAACUUAUACAUGAGGUUAAUCAAGUAUCACUGAACAUCCUGCAUGAGUUUCACGUCACAUGACCAAGGUCAAAGGUCAUUUAGGGUCAAUGAACUUUGGCCGAAUUGGGGGUAUCUGUUGAAUUACCAUCAUAACUUUGAAAGUUUAUGGAUCUGAUUCAUGAAACUUGGACAUAAUAGUAAUCAAGUAUUACUGAACAUCCUGUGCAAGUUUCAGGUCACAUGAUCAAGGUCAAAGGUCAUUUAGGGUCAAUGAACUUUGGCCAAAUUGGGGUAUUUGUUGAAUUACAGCCAUAAAUUUGAAAGUGUGUUGGUCUAGUUCAUAAAACUUGGACAUAAUAGUAAUCAAGUAUCACUGAACAUCCUGUGCGAGUUUCAGGUCACAUGAUCAAGGUCAAAGGUCAUGUAAGGUCAAAGAACUUUGGCCACGUUGGGGGUAUUUGUUGAAUUGCCAUCAUAUCUCUAUAAGUGUAUUGGUCUAGUUCAUAAAACGUGGAAAUAAGAGUAACCAAGUAUCACUGAACAUCUUGUGCGAGUUAUAGUAGUUUUCAAAAUCAGCACUGCUGCUAUAUUGAAUCGCGUGAUGCAGGUGAGACGGCCAGAGGCAUUCCACUUGUUUUAUCUAAGAGUGCAGUUCGAAAUAUUGAAAUUGGAUUACAAUAUUUGCAGAACUUUAACUUUCAGUCCAUAUACAUGGUAAAGAACAACUAACAUCAAUCUAGCUACACUAUAACAAAAAUCUCCAAAACAGUUUUGUUGUGUGUUAAUUACCAUGUGGCGUGUCUUUAUUUCUAUCCCUUACAUGUUUCUUGAUUUCCCUUUUAUUUGUGUUCUCUGAUGUAACUAUUUAUUUUCAUUUAAUUCCAGAUCCAUCGUGAUUUUACGUUUCCUGCUUUGGAAUGGUAAACUCGGGUAGAAUAACAUGGGUGUAUUGUUUCAUUAUGAUCUGUCGGCUGUAUUCUUCCUCUCUUCCUAAAGCUAUAUACUAACAACGUUAUACCCUUACGUGACACUGUUAAAUGCACUGACUUUCUUUAAAGAGAGAAGGAGAGAUAAAUGAAUACUUGAUCAAGCACCAGAA